AUGAGGAAGAGAACGCAAACAACGAGGGACGAAGAGAAGAGACAGGCCAGAGAGGCACCCUCAGCAGACGUCAAGCUGGCAGCCAUAGCAGGAAAGAAGGGCAAGAAGGCUGAGGAGGAGGAGCAGCCUGCAGCGCCCGCAGCACCUGCAGCAGCAGCCGCAGCACCAGAGGCGGCGGCAGCAGCAGCAACAGCAGCAGCAGCAGCAGCAGCAGAGGAGGAGGAAGAGGAGGAGUAUGUGGUAGAGAAGGUUUUGGACCGCCGAGUGGUCAAGGGCAAAGUAGAGUUUCUGCUGAAAUGGAAGGGGUUCUCAGAUGAGGAUAACACAUGGGAACCAGAAGACAACCUGGACUGCCCCGACCUUAUUGCCGAGUACAUGCAGAAACACAAAGAGAAGGAGGAGAAAAAGAAGGAGGGCAAGAGAAAAGUUGUCAGUGAGGCCUCAGGAGACUCUGAGGAGCGAGGGAGCAAGAGGAAGAAGGAGGAGGGUGAGAAGGCCAGAGGUUUUGGCAGAGGUCUGCAGCCAGAGAGGAUUAUUGGAGCAACAGAUUCCAGCGGAGAGCUGAUGUUCCUUAUGAAGUGGAAGAACUCAGACGAGGCUGACCUGGUCCCAGCCAAGGAGGCCAACGUCAAGUGUCCCCAGGUGGUCAUCUCUUUCUAUGAGGAGCGCCUCACCUGGCACUCUUACCCCACAGAGGAGGAGGAGAAGAAAGAGGAGGAGAAAAAAGACUAGAGGAGGCAGGGGGUGCAAAGACGAAAAAGAAAGGAAUUGUUGAGGUGCAGGGCGGGAAAUCAACUAUUUGCUGGUGAACUGUUAAUUACUGGUAAUUGAUUCUAGCAGCCACUUUGGCAGUGAAAGAGGAGAAAAUCCAACUGCUAAUGUAGCUGACAGAUGUUUGUUUUCCUGCCCUGAGAGGAAACGCGUCCUUUCCUCAAAAGAUGCUCCCACCUGUAUCUCGACUGACAAUGUACAUUUUAAAGAGGUAUUCUGACACUUGUCCCUCUUCUCUAAAUGGUUUUCCCUCACCAAGAACAUGUCACUUGAUGGGAGCUGGUGUCUAUGUUCUGCUAGUAUUCCUCCUUGGUGUCAAAAGCUAAAUAUUGAACUGAAUACAGUGAGAUGACUAUAAAAGUUUGUCCCCUACAUUUGGUGACAGGUGCCUGGUGUUGGAAAUACAGGAAUGCAACGCAAGCUGUCAAGCUACCUCUUUAACAUGUGUGUUCAUGUGUGAAGCAAGUUGAGUAUUUGGCUGUGGCUGGCAAGUUUGUCUCUCCUCCCAAUCACGAUCCUCAUUUAGGCGGCUCGGAGAGCAUAAACUUCCCUUCCUGCUCUGCCAGGAUACAUUGGAGGGAACUUCUUUUGGAAGGGAACGAAGUGAGCCGAGGUAUUAAUGGAGGAGUAAAAGAAUGGACAGAAACCAUUCGUCUCUUGCAGUAUCUGUUCUCUUUGUGCCACCUGGGUUCUCAUUAUUUUCUACGUAAUGUCGUUCUUCAGUUGAAACUCUCAAACGCCAAAUGACGACUGUACUUUUCACUCCAACAUGGACAGUUUGACAAGAAAGGGGCUUGAGUCUGUUUGAAAAGACUUUGUCCGAACCUGUCCUACCAGCCAAUGUGGCAGCCAACCAGCCAAAUGUUUUCAGUCAUUCCAGCCACGGAUAAUGCUGCACCCCACAGCUUGUUCCUCACUUCCUGUUUAAUUCUUUUAUUAAAACUAAUGAACAAGUCUGUAUUUUACUUAACUCUUAGUUGAGACGUUUUGCUUAACUGAUCAAGCUUCAAAGGCAGACUUUUCUGUGAAUGUUGAACUGUCAAGCUGCCAUAUUUCAUGUGGUGUAACCAUAUAUAUUGUAUAUAGGAGGAUGUUGCACUCUCCUAAUGAUUUUAAAUUAGUCUUGAUAUUUUCUUGAAUACAGUCAGCACAACAGCUAGUCACGUAGAACUAGUAAGCACUAUAAAUUCAGCCACCAUUUCACUACGACAGUAUUUGUCUUGUAGGAAGCCAGAUAGUCUCCUGCCAACAGGGCUGGAAGCAAAAUGACAACUUACAGAAGUCAUGUAAGUUACUUCUGUAAGUAACUUACAAGUUGUAAGUGCACAACUCAUUCUUUGGCAGCUGUGGCCGGUUUGACUCCCACAUUUCUCAUGUCAUUUUAGCAAUUUUAUCAAAUUACUUUUUAAUGGAAUGAAGGCUGGUUGGAUACCUGCCAAAGUGGCUGGUAGAGUGUACACAGUUGCAAAAUCCCCAUAUGGCAGGUUGUAAUUUCCCACACUGCUGGAGUGAUGAAGAGGUGCACCCUUCAAGAAGCUGAGAUGCCCUUUAACCUGUAGAUUAGACAGGUAAAGAUGAUUUAGUUGGAAACACAUUACACAACAAGGCUGAAAAUCUUUCCACUUCCAAGCACAGGUUGAAGGUGUCAUCAGCAUGUGGCUUAGUGUGAAUGAAAUCCUGCAGCCUCUUAGCCUUUCUUUGGCUUUUAUACCUGGUGUUAACCUACCAGAGCGCUGCUGUCCAGUUUAUUUUUUUUAAUGCAUUGCUUCUGGGAUUUAAAAAAAAAAAAAAAAAAAAAAGCAAGCCAGAGUUAAUGUGUCCUUUAUUUACAAGGUGGAGCUUUUGUCAAUGAGGCCAAAUUGCAAGAAUUAGUAACCAAUGCUUAAAGGUGGAGUCAGCGAUUCUGGAGAAAGAUGGUUGAUAUUUGAACUCAACAGCCAAACAAAUACACCUUGCACAUCAGAGAUCCUUUGAAAGGCGAUGGUAAUGUUUCCAAUGUUAUUUACUUUUCACUACUGUCAUGGUGUGGUUCUGCUUCAUAGGCAAGGACAUUAAAGAGGGAGAGCAGCCGCCACACUGUUGUGUAGCUCGUUCCAAGCCAUUUUGUUGGUGAUUUUUUUUUUUCCAUUUACUGAGUGUGCACAGAAUGGGCAGCUAGUCGACUGUGGGGACAUGUUCACAGAAUUUGACAGAAAAGUGUAUUGGAUUAGAAUUGCUGACUAUAUAUUGAGCUUCUGUUGCAUGUUUUGAUGGGUGUACAUCAAACACAUUUCUCUGGAAAGUAAAGGCACCUCCUCUAACUUGUUACUCUGUAAAUGCUCCCCAGUAUAACCAAAAAUGAACUGUCACAUUAACAGAUGUUGGAUAAGAGAACUAUCAGUGUGGGAACUGAAGAGCCAUAUGUUGGUGAAUUGUCAGCUGUAGUUUGUACAUUCAUUUACUCUGCCAGCCAUGUUGGUCCAUAACCAGCCAACAAGCACGUUUGGCUGAUGUUUAAACUGGCUUUUUAACUGUUCUGCUGCUUUGGCUGGUAGGUGUUUCCUGAUGAGACCGCAGCUCUGUCACUCAAUAGAUACACACUCUGUAACAAACACACCUGGGUUUUUACUGCUAAUAGAGGAGAUGAUUGAGAGUAUGUUCAAUAUCGUCGCCAUUUCCACUUUUGUUUUUAACCUUCACACACACUCAGCUAUAUGUGUUUUCUAGGCUUUAUUAUUUUAGUGUGCACCGGCCGGGCAACACUCAAGACUUGAGUUUUUCGCAGUUCCUCGUGCUUGCAGACCGUGCUCUGUUUAACACGUUUUGAUAGUUGCAUAAUCAAAACAGGAUAGAAAUCUUGAAUUCUGCAUGAUUUAACAUGACGGCUUCAUAUGAGAGUUCUUUCUCUGCUACCUAAUGUUUCCCAGCGUUUUAUGUUUUGAUUGUGGCCCGGCUGUGCUUUUUUUUUUUUUUUUUUUUUUUUU